AUGAUGACCGGAAACUUGAACAGUUGUGGAAGAGGAGGAGAACAAGGACCGUGCGGUGCGUGCAAGUUCUUAAGGAGAAAGUGUGUGAAAGGGUGUGUUUUUGCUCCUUAUUUCGAUGCAGAGCAAGGAACUGCGAGAUUUGCAGCUGUUCACAAAGUGUUUGGAGCAAGCAAUGCCUCUAAGAUGUUACUGAGAUUGCCUUUGCACAAGCGGCUUGAUGCGGUCGUUACGCUCUCUUACGAGGCCUUGGCUAGGGUCCGUGAUCCUGUCUAUGGCUCUGUUGGCCAUCUCUUCUCUCUUCAACACCAGGUGAUGAAUCUACAAGCAGAACUUGCUCAUGUUCAAGCUCGUCUGUCAACGUUUCAGCGUUUUUCUCUAGAGCCGUCACAACAAAUGGAGCAGCCGCCUUUCGAUAUGACGCAUAACAAUGAAUAUGUGAUGGAACCAACUAACUUGGAUGUUGUAUGGGAAGAAGACCAAUUACUUCAAGCUGAAACUGAGGAAGAUGGGGAAUUUCAAGCCAUGCACUUCGUCUCUAGGUAUUUACCGGCAGUCAAAUUUCCAGCUUGCACUUUCGGUUAG